AUGAAUAAUGAUGUCUCUCUUCAAUACGCUUCUGAUGAGUUUAGAUCGAACCAAGAAUUUAUUUUGCAAACUAUGCACUUUACACGAGGACGGACUUAUAUUCGUGCAUCUGAUGAUUUGAAGAGGAAUGUCCAUGUAGCUAGUGAAGCAUUAAGCUUCGAUGGAAUGCUGCUACAAUACGUAGGAUCUAAAAAUGAUCUUUCAUUGAUCAGAAAAGCAAUUAGAAAUCAUCCAAUGGCUCUUCAAUUUGUUCAAGAUCAAACUUUACUUGAGAAAGAAUCGAUUUUGGCUUGUGUGAAAAAGGAUGCACGCUGCUUCAAAUAUUUGAAUACUGCUCAUUUCAGAGAGGAUCGAGAGAUUAUUAUAGCAGCCAUUCAUGCAUGUGAUUCCUUUGCAACUCUUCGAGAAAUCGUUUCACUUGUGAAUGUUCCUUUCAUUUGGAACGAUCAAGACGUACAAAUGGAUAUUCUUCUCAAAGCAGUUGAAACUAUUACUUCAUCGAAUAUGGAGAAAUGCUACGCUGUGCAAGUGCUGAACUUCGAAACAAUUUCUGAUCUCGUUAAAGAAGCUUGUAAAACCUGUCCACAAGCUUUAGGAUAUGCCUCUGAUCGCUUACGUAACGAUUUCGACCUCGUUUCUCAAGUAGUUCAAUCAAGUAGCACUUUUUCUGUAUUGAGCUUUGCAUCUCAAGAUCUCAAAAACAAUAAGGAAAUUGUGCUGACGGCCAUUCGAAGAAAUCCCUUUGCGUAUUUGGAGGCAUCCGAUGCACUCCAAAAAGAUGAACAAGUGGCAAUGGAAGCAAUUUCACAAAGAGGAGUUUUACUCUAUCAUGCACCCAUGUCCAUACAAGACAAUCUUGAAAUUGUGUUAAGAGCAGUUGAAAACGAUCCUUGGGGCUAUGAAUUUGUGAAAAGUGACAGUAUUAAGAACCACCAACAAGUGUUGAACCUUGUAGGCAAGUUGAUUGAGGAAUUGAAACUCUAUUCUCCUGAAGAAGUGUAUCAGAUUCGACAUGGAGGCAUCUUCUUUGAAUCAUUAAAUGAACGAGAAAUAACAAUGAUUUAA